GUGUGUGAGGAGCAGAAAUGUGAGGAAGAGGUGUUCCCUCUGGCUAUGAACUACAUGGACCGCUUCCUGUCUGUGGAGCCCACCAGGAAGAGCCACCUGCAGCUGCUGGGAGCUGCCUGUAUGUUCCUGGCGUCCAAACUGAAGGAAACGAUCCCGCUGACUGCUGAGAAACUCUGCAUCUACACAGACAACUCCAUCACGCCUUCACAGCUGCUGCAAAUGGAGCUGCUGGUUUUGAACAAGCUGAAGUGGGACCUGGCUUCAGUAACCCCUCUGGACUUCAUCGACCACUUUCUGUCUCAGCUGCCUGUCCGGAGAGAGAACCGGCCCAUC